AUGGACCCGUCAAUCGUGCCUCAAGCACCUGUCUUCUUCUUCAAGCACGACUCCCAAGGCCUGCAGCAGACGACCAUGUAUCCCGCCAUGCGCCCGCUGGCCUCGACCGCCAUGUUCUCGCGGCCCGGCUCCUCGUCGUGCUCGCAGCCGCCCACGCUCUUCAGCAACGGCCCCUCGGCCAUGACUCCCACGAGCUCGCCCCAGCCGGCGCACCACAAGCCCGUCAUCAUGCUCGACACCGAGUUUGGCGACUGCCCAUACUUCCCGGCUACGCCGCCACUGUCCACCUCGGGCAGCGCCAUGGGCAGCCCCAAGAGCUUCGAGGUCCUACAGACGCCCAUGAACCCCAUGUUCUCGGGUCUCGACGACCUGGGCAAGACGGGCCUCGAACCCGUCGACUUGGUCUCGGUCCUGGAGUGGUCCAGCUGCGGAUCCCCGCCCAUGACACCUGUGUACCUUCAAUCUCACGUCGCCUCGCUAAGCUGCACCACAAGCGACCUCUCCACCGCAUCCUGCCCGUCUCUGUCUCCGUCGCCCACGCCUUACGCGCGUUCCAUUGCGUCGGAGAACGACGUUGACUUUUGUGACCCGCGGAACCUGACUGUCUCGGCCGGCCCCUCCAACCCGUCGCUGGGCCCCGACUUCAAGCUUGCCGGCCACGACGAGCCCCGGGCGGACCAGGCCGCUGCUGCCCCCUCCGCCUUGACUCAGCUCCCGUUCGACUUCAGCUCUGCCGUGCCCCACGGCCUGCCCAUCUUCGAGGACCCGUCCGACCUGGACUCGGAAGACGGCUUCAGCACUCUGGUCAGCCUGGGGGAGCGGAGCGUUGCUGACGUGUCCCGCCCUCGAGCCUGCACCGGCUCGUCCGUCGUUUCACUGGGCCACGGCAGCUUCAUCAGCGACGACGACUUUCGCUUUGACCAAGGCGAGGCCUUCCAGUUCCCCUCUCUUCCCAGCCCGCCCUGCAGCAUCGACUCUUCAGUCGACGACAAGCACGAGGACAAGCGCCAAAAGACGGCUGUCGAUGACGACAGCUGCAGCGAGCAGCCCAUGAUGAACACGGCCGCCAGCGACUCCCAGUCGAGAGACGACCACCAGCACUCGGAAAAGGCCGCGUCGGUCGCCUCGGACUCCAACGCCUCUUCCAACUCUGAUGCCCCUGACACCCCUCAUGCUGCCCCCACUACCCGCCGCGGCCGCAAGCAGUCCCUCACCGAGGACCCGUCCAAGACGUUCGUCUGCGAGCUCUGUAACCGACGAUUUCGUCGCCAGGAGCAUUUGAAGCGCCAUUACCGCUCUCUACAUACCCAGGAGAAGCCCUUUGAGUGCAACGAGUGCGGCAAGAAGUUUUCGCGCAGCGAUAACCUCGCCCAGCACGCCAGGACCCAUGCUGGUGGUGCCAUCGUCAUGAACCUCAUCGAAAACGCCGACGGGUCCGUCUACGAUGCCGGCAUGGGGCCUGGGUCUGCUGUCGAUGACUACGCAAACUUUGGCAAGGUGCUCUUCCAGAUCGCCUCCGAAGUUCCCGGCAGCGCGAGCGAGCUGUCUUCGGAAGAGGGCAACGACCAAGGCAAGAAGAAGCGGAAGCGCUCCGGCUGA